AUGUUCACCGGCAUCGUCGAGGAGAUUGGCGUCGUCGCCGCGCUCAACCCCCAUGACGCGACAGGCGGCACCUCCCUGACCAUCAACCUGCCCGAGGGCUCCGCCCUGUUGUCAGACUGCCACGAGGGCGACUCCAUUUCCGUCAACGGCGUGUGCCUGACGGUGGUAACCUUCACGCCCAAGGACCCCAUCCCCUCCUUCACCGUUGGCGUGGCCCCGGAGACUCUGCGCGUCACCAACCUGGGCUCGCUGGCCACGGGGUCGCGCUGCAACCUGGAGCGGGCGGUGCGGGCCGACACGCGCAUGGGCGGCCACUUCGUGCAGGGCCACGUCGACACCACGGCCGAGAUCGCCGAGCUGCGGCCCGACGGCAACGCCGUGACCAUCCGCUUCCGGCCGGCGAAGCGCGACGUGCUGCGCUACGUUGUCUACAAGGGCUACGUCGCCCUGGACGGCACCAGCCUGACCGUCACCAAGGUCGACGACGUCGAGGGCUGGUGGGAGGUCAUGCUCAUCGCCUACACCCAGGAGAAGGUCGUCAUCGCCCAGAAGAAGGCCGGCGACACCGUCAACGUCGAGGUCGACAUGAUGGCUAAGUAUGCCGAGAAGUCUAUCCUGUUCUCAAGCGAGGGUGGGCGGUCGUUCCCUUUCAUCAAGGAGGUGGAGAAGACGGUGGAGAAGAUUGUUGCGCAGGGGCUGGGAGGGCACGCAACUUAG